AUGUUCGGUCGAUCUAUCACUGCACUCCUGGCGAUCGCACUUCUCACCAAUGGCGGCCAAGCAGAACAACAGACCCAAGGCUCUGGAUUUGAGCAGAUCGAUCAAUCAAAUUAUCGAUUUCUAACCAACAAGACCAAAUCUCAUGUGGUGGAGAGCCUUCCAGAUGUUCAUUUUGAACUGGGAGAGAUGUACGCGGGAUUGAUGCCCAUCCGGGAUCAUGAUGCCUUGUUCUAUAUUUUCCAGCCAAAGAUCGGGGAACCAAGCGACGACCUCACAGUUUGGUUAAAUGGGGGACCGGGAUGUAGUUCGAUGCAAGGGUUUUUCCAGGAGAAUGGACGUUUCACCUGGCAGCCCGGCACCUACGAACCGGUCAUUAAUGAGUACUCAUGGGUGAAUUUAACCAAUAUGUUAUGGGUCGACCAACCAGUUGGCGUUGGGUACUCAAAUGGUACACCCACGGCGACCAACGAGGAGCACAUCGCUGCCGAUUUCGUGAAAUUCUUUCAAGAAUUCCAAGAUGAAUAUGAUAUCAAGAACUUUCGAAUCUUCCUGACUGGUGAGAGCUAUGCGGGCCGAUACGUGCCCUACAUCUCCGCCGCCAUGCUCGACAAGAACGAUACCGAACACUUCAACCUCAGCGGAGCUCUGAUGUAUGAUGCUUGCAUCGGCCAGUGGGAUUAUCUUCAGGCUGCACUCCCCGCCUACCCCUUCGUUCAACAGCAUGCCGAGCUGUUCAACUUUAACCAAUCAUUUAUGGCCAAACUGCAAGAUACGUACGAAGAAUGCGGCUACAAGGAACAUUUCGAUGAGUACUUCACUUAUCCGGCCUCUGGAGUACAGCCACCCAAAUAUAUGGACUACUCCGAGUGCGACAUUUACAACAUGAUCUACUACGAAGCUUUCACUCCGAACCCAUGCUGGAAUCCUUACAAAAUCAGCCAAACCUGUCCGCUCUUAUGGGAUGUUCUGGGCUUCCCCACAGACGUUGCCUAUCAACCGGGUCCCGCAACUUAUUUCAACCGCACCGAUGUCAAGAAAGCUCUGCAUGUUCCUGAGAAUAUUGACUGGGAGCUUUGCAGCGUGGAAAGUGUCUUUGUGAGCGACAAUCCAGGGCCUGAGCAACAAUACGAUGAGUCUGCAAAUCCCACAGAGCAUGUCCUGCCCCGAGUUAUCGAGGCAACUAACCGAGUCUUGAUCUCGAACGGAGAUUGGGAUUACUUAAUUAUCACGAAUGGAACGUUACUGGCGAUCCAGAACAUGACCUGGAAUGGCGAGCUAGGCUUCCAAAGUCGUCCUACCGCCCCUAUUCAUAUCGACAUGUCCGACUUGCAAUACGGUGCGGUCUUCGAUGCUCAAGAGGGAUAUGGAGACCUCGACGGUCCACAGGGGAUGAUGGGGAUUCAACACUAUGAACGUGGUUUGAUGUUUGCAGAAACCUUUCAAGCGGGUCAUCGACAGCCCCAGGAUCAAGGGCGAGUGUCUUAUCGUCAUGUCCAGUGGUUGUUGGGUGAGGAUGAUCGUCUUUGA